AUGAUGCCCGAUCAACCAUUUCCUGAAUACCAGGCCGGCCCUGAAAUACCUCCGUCCCUCGACGACAUGUUGAAUCUCGACGUCGAGCCUAUGUUCCCAGAGUUUUGGGACAUUCAGGAUACCCCACCAUUCAGCCAGGAAGAAGGCCUCGACCAAGCGCCAUUGCCAUGGAGCGGUCCUCCGAUGGGCGUGGGCGCGCCCAUGCAGCCUAACGUCGAGUCACUGCACCAGCCGAGUAUAGGGACUUUGUCGGUAGCGCAACAAGAGCUGCUGCGCAGCAUCGCGAUGCCGCCUCACCUCCAAUAUCCCAGCGCACGAGAAAGCAGGAGUCCUCACUCGGCCACCAGCAGACGCCAAAGCGCAUCGGUGACAAUGUCAUCACCAGACCACCAGGGCCGAACGAGAAAACGAAAGUCGUCUACGGAGGGGAAUGAGGAGGAUCACUCGGGCGAUGAGACCGGCCAGCGACCAGUCAAGAAGACGGCGCAUAAUAUGAUCGAGAAGCGGUAUCGCACGAACUUGAACGACAAGAUCUUGGCUCUACGCGACAGUGUCCCGAGUUUACGCGUCAUGACGAAGAGUGCGCGAGGAAGUGACGGGAGCACGGAGGUUGAAGAUCUCGAGGGGCUCAUACCCGCACACAAGCUGAAUAAGGCAACCGUAUUAUCAAAGGCAACGGAGUAUAUUUGGCAUCUCGAAAAGCGAUCGAAGCGCCUCGCAGAAGAGAACGAGUCUAUGAAGGCCCGCGUGGCCGCGUUUGAGAAACUAUUCCUCUCGGGUUCGAUGGGCUUCAAUAUGACACCCAACCCGACACCGCCUCCGAACAACCAAUUCAACUUUGAAGAACAAAUGCGAUUCACAAGCGGCCACGGACCAAUGAGCGCACAAAUGCCGAACGGACAGAUGCCCAGCGCACAAAUGUCGAAUCGACAACUCCCCAACGGACAACUUGCUUCAAAUCGCUUCCACGGUGUUGUUGUUGGACCUCCACAAGACUUCAGAAGAGCGCAUCGCCCUCCACCCAUAAACCAGCAAGCGUAUCAAAUCCACUCAGAGCCACAACCCCUACCAAACCGGGCGCAUGGUGGCACCAACGCAUGGGGAGGCAACGGAGCCUACUUCGGCAAGAUAAUGGUCGGCUCCCUCGCCGGCCUAAUGAUCCUCGACAACUUCAGCGAAUCUCACUCAUCAUCCGGCCCCUCCGAAUCCAGAGGCCUCUUCGCCAUCCCAACCCAACUCCUCGGUAACGCCUCCAAAUUCAUCAAAUCAUCCAGCGAAGUCAACAUCCUCGGCCACCACUCCUCCUCCGCCCAAACCCUCUCCUACCUCCGCCUCCUCCUCCUCCUCGGCGCCUUCCUCUCCGUCUUCCUCCCCUCUUUCUUCCGCCCCGCACCCCCACCCCCCUCCCCCAAAACAACCAACGCAACCCUCACCUCCCUCGCCCCCACCAUCGCCUCCCCCCUCCGCCUCCGCCGCCGCGCCUUCCUCACAAGCCUCCAAACAAUCUGGAUCCCCGCCCCAACCUCCCUCCUCUCCCUCGCCGCCCUAGCCCUAAAACUCACAAAACUCACCCUCCUCACCCUCGUCGGCGCGCCCGCCUACGUCCUCAUCACAGGCUCCUCCUCCCCUUCGGAAACUGCUCGCAUAAAAGCUUGGUCUAUAGCCCUAGACGCCCAGCUCGUCGGAGGCGAUCCCCUCGUCUCUCGCGCCCGUUUAACGCUCACUUUACUCGCUUCCGCUACGCUUCCCGCUACACCAGCGCGGCUGAUGCUGCAAGCGCUACACAUCCGCAUCCUCUUCCACUCCGCCCCUUUUCCCCUAUCACACACCCUCGCCGCGCACCUCGCUCGAAAUAAGUGGUCCGCAGCCUGCGCCCUCAAGCUCGUCACCGACGCCCUCCCCGCCACUUCCACAGACGUAUCUGUGGAACCCCUGGCCCCACACCUCCUCGCUCUCCUCGCCCAACCCGCGAACGCCGUUUUCUCAGACGCAGCUAUCAAGACAGCACACGCGUUGACGUAUAACACCCCCCCCCUCCCCGCAGACGACCGCGCCAUCCGCUCCCCCCUCGACGCACUAUCCGCGACUUUCUCCACAUUCAACCUGCACGCCGCGUUAGAAUCGUCACUCCUCUCCUCCUCUUCGUCCUCGAAAACUCUCAGCGCAAAACUCUCCACCGCCCUCGCUACCGCGCCGCCGGGAUCAACACCGCAUCUCCGCGUCCUCGCCACUUUAGCGCUUUUCGCCCCCUCCUCUGCUGACCGGGGGGAGAACUUAGCACUCGCCCUAGCAGAAGCAGCGGCGCGUGAUCCGCCGCCGGAGACUGGGCCAUUGGCGCCGAAGGCGUUGCUUCUUCGGACGACGACGAGUGUGGUAGAAGGGGACGUACACCUCGCACUCGCGUGUGCGUCCACCCUACAGCAUCUGGCGUAUCCGUUGAGGGUGUUGGUGGAUAUUGAAGGCUUAGCGCGGCCGAACUCGCUACUCGGGUUCGCAGCGUGCUAUGCUGUACUGCGCACGAUGCAGGUUAAGGGUGGUGAUGAUGGAGCCAUUGCUGGGAAGGCGAUGGAAACACUCGCUGGAAACCUACGUGUCGGUAUCGGUGGUCCGAGGGGCGAAGAAGUAGAGAAGAGUGUUAGAGAGGGGGUAGUGGGUGUUUGUGUCGGUGUGGUGAGGGCGUGUGUGGUGGUUGGUGGUGGUGGGGAGGAGGAGGUGGAUGCGGGGUAUGAGAGUACGAGUGAUGAGUGAUGAAGACGGGAAUGGGAAUGGG